AUGCCCAUGAACAGUGCAACAAAUCUUUCCUGUUCGGACGAGGAUAUUCGUUUCGUUUUAACAGUCGCAUUAAUUGUCGGUGGAUGGUCAUCCAUCGUCACAUGUGUCUUAGGCCUAUUAGCGAAUACAUUUUCAAUCAUCAUACUCGCUCAACAACGCAUGAGAUCCUUGUCAACGAAUAUAUAUCUGAUCGCUUUAGCUGUCGUUAAUUUCCUAUGGUUAGUUUUCUUUCUUAUUUUUUACGCACUUCGAUUAACUAUCAUUCUCCCGUCAUACAUUUCGGCAAAUGAUCAACAAAUUUUCAGUGUGUACAAUCAAAUGUUUCAUCGAUUAUCACCAUACAUAAUUCCGUCGAUGAAUACUUUACAGUUAUGCAUUAUUUACUAUACUGUUGCCGUAUCGGUCGAUCGGUACUUAUAUAUUUCAAUGGGCUUAAAUGUGAGUCAGUAUUGUACGAUCCGUAAUGCGUUACGAAUUAUUUUCUCGUUAACUAUAUUCGCUAUUCUAUUUAUCUUACCGUAUUGGUUUAAAUACCGUGCGGUGACCUAUUUGGAUUAUCAAAAUCGAACACAUUAUGAAGUAUCUCACACAAAACUCGGCCAACAGAAAAUCUUUCAACAAGUAAUCAAUGUCUACAUCUACGUUCCUGUUGUUCAUGUUAUUCCAUUGAUAACACUGUUGCUCAUCAAUAUUUUGACUGUUCGUCGAUUGAUCCAGUAUCAUGAUGAACACCGCCGUUUACUAUGUCAAUCGAUUCGACAGAUGACGAUGAUGCAAACAAAAGUCCUUUAUUCUCGACGGCACUUUCAUGUCUCUAUUAUGCUUAUUGCUGUUGUUGUGUUGUUCCUCCUUUGCCGCCUUCCGAUGCUGAUGAACAAUCUCUACGAAGUUCACAAUUCGACCAAGAACAAUCGAUUAACUGAAGAUAAUCUGUACUUUCAAUGUCGAAUAUUGUUGACGUUCAACACAUUUGCGAACUUCAUGCAGACGAUCAAUUCCAAUGGAAACCUAAUCAUUUAUAUACUUUGUUGUCAGAAUUUUCGCGAAACAACCCGAGAAGUCUUCGAUAAACUCAUGAAUUUCUUUCGAUUACAGUCUAACGAAGGUCUAUUAUCAAUGAUACACAUACGUUCGAGAACAAGCACACGUUCAACUGUCACAUGA